CUCUGAUAAUAAGGAAGAAGAGGCUAUAAAUUAAUUGGAGAGGGUUUUGUCAAAGGAAAGACACAAGCUCUUUCAGAGAAGAUCUUUCGCCUUCUGUGAUUCAUAAAGGUUAGGCUGAUGGAGAAGUCCUUGCAGAAGUGGGUUUGCUCCAAGAAAACUCAGAACACUACGCCUUCAGCUGAAGAAAAGAAAAUCAAAGUGGUGUUGAAGUACAAUGCGCACUGUGAACACUGCAAUUCGGAGUUGGAGAAGUGCAUCAAGAAGUACUCAAAGGGAAUUUCAGGUGUAGUGUUAAAUAAGAAUCUGUCACUGGCGAUUGUUGAGGGUGUGUUUGAUGUGAGAAGGCUAGUGGAGCACAUCUGGCAAGAAGUUUCAAAGCGUGUGCAGAUUGUAGCUAGAAAGGGUCACUUUAGAAUUAAUUAUAUUUCCUUUAGUGGAACAGGAAACAAAUUUGUUCCUAUGAUCGAAAGAGGAAACAAUCAUGAAUUAAUAAUAAAUUAUAUGAGUUUGGAAGGGGAAAAUGCUGUUUAUUAA